AUGGCGCGCCCCUUUUCAGCUGGUCUGAACAUGGUGGCGAAAAAUUCGGCCGGAUCGAAGCCUGGCGAGAAGCGCAAGAAGAAUGUUUUCGACGACGACUCCGCAGACGAAGGCGAAGGUAAUGACGGAACGAUUGAGGUGUCAACAAUUGGUGGCUUGGAUGCGCCUCUACAACAAUCAAUACGGUCCACGGAUGAUGGCCCCCCUCUGAAGCGGAAGAUGCAAUUAGAGCCAGCCAGCAAACCGGGCGCGAAACCGUUAAAUAAGGCUUCCAUAUUUGCCCAGGAUGAAGAGGAAGACGAGAAUAAAGAGAAAGAGCGUCAAGGGGAAGUGCGUUUUGGACUGAACGAGUCACGGUCGACAAAGCCUACCACGGGCCCGGAGAAAGACUUUACCAACCUAUCGGCGUUACAUAGCAGCAAAAAGCAUGCCAAAGAAGCUGAAGAACUCGACCCCUCAAUAUACUCCUACGAUGCUGUCUACGAUAGCCUACACGCCAAGUCGAAAAAGGUCACGACGGUCAACACUAGCGAAGGGCCCAAAUACAUGACGAAUUUGCUCCGUAGCGCCGAGAUCCGAAAGCGCGACCAGACCCGCGCACGCGAUCGUCAGCUAGCCAAGGAACGCGAAGCUGAGGGAGAUGAGUUCGCGGAUAAGGAAAGCUUCGUCACAAGCGCUUACAAGGCACAACAGGAAGAGCUGCGCAAAAUGGAAGAGGAAGAGAAGCGCCGUGAAAUGGAAGAGGAAGAGCGGCGGAGAAAGAACGGCGGCGCCGGUAUGGUCGGCUUCUACCGAGAUGUUCUUUCGCGAGGCGAGGCUCAACACGAGGAAGCCGUGAAAGCUGCCGAGGAAGCUGCCCGCCGGGUCAAAGCCAGUGAGGCAGUUGAUGACUCGAUGCAAUCCUCUGGAGAGAAGACUGAGGCGGAGAUUGCGGAGGAGCUCAAGGCCCGUGGCGCUCAGAUUGCCAUCAACGACGAAGGCCAGGUGGUCGACAAGCGCCAGCUAUUGUCUGCUGGGCUGAACGUGGCGCCAAAGCCUAAGGCUGCACCUGCCUCUACAUCAACAGCUACGGGCUUCCGGCCAGGUUCUGGGCGACCAAGCAGCGUUCAUGCCAGGCUCCACGGUGGUCGUGCUGCUCAGCGGGCUCGUCAAACAGAGAUGAUCGCGCAGCAAUUGGAAGAGCAAGCCAGGCGAGAGGAGGAGGCCGAGGCUUUGCGGCAGAAGAAAAUUGCCGAGAAGGUACGGAGCCGGAAGACUGCAACUGAUGUCUCUAGCGCGAAGGAACGAUACCUGGCGAGAAAGAGAGAGCGAGAAGAGGCAGCUGCGAAUGGGAAAGUUGGGAAAUGA